AUAUCCGUACAGAGCAUCCUGAGACGACCACUGUCAUAGAACCAGGAAGAAGGAAGGUGGGAUAGCUUAAAAAGGCUAAUAUCCCGAAGCGAUCGGAGAACUUUCCUUGAAAAUGAUGAAGUCGUCCAGGUGGAAGUGUGCAGCGCUGGUGUUAUUGCCUGUUAUAAGUUUAUUGUUGCCGGCCCAGGCGGAUGAGCAUGAUCACACGUACGAAGAUAAAGAGGAGGUGGUUCUAUGGAUGAACACAGUGGGACCAUAUCACAACAGGCAGGAGACAUAUAAAUACUUCUCCCUUCCUUUCUGCGUGGGCUCCAAGAAGACCAUCAGCCACUACCAUGAGACACUGGGCGAAGCUCUGCAGGGAGUCGAACUGGAGUUCAGCGGCCUAGACAUCCAGUUUAAAGAUGAAGUGAUGCAGUCGACAUACUGUGAAAUUGAACUGGACAAAGCUAAAAGGGAUGCCUUUGUCUACGCCAUCAAGAACCACUACUGGUACCAAAUGUACAUCGAUGACUUGCCAAUCUGGGGGAUCGUUGGUGAGGCAGAUGAGAACGGGGAAGAUCAUUACCUCUGGACUUACAAAAAGCUGGAAAUCGGCUUCAAUGGUAACAGAAUUGUGGAUGUUAACUUGACCAGCGAGGGCAAAGUGAAGCUUGUGCCGAACACGAGAAUCGCUAUGUCCUACUCAGUGAAGUGGAAAAAGUCUGAUGUGAAAUUUGAAGACCGUUUUGACAAAUACCUUGAUCCAUCCUUCUUUCAACACAGAAUUCACUGGUUCUCCAUAUUUAACUCCUUCAUGAUGGUGAUCUUCCUGGUGGGUUUGGUGUCUAUGAUCUUGAUGAGGACUCUGAGGAAAGACUAUGCCAGAUACAGCAAAGAGGAAGAAAUGGAUGAUAUGGACCGAGAUCUCGGGGAUGAGUACGGGUGGAAGCAAGUCCACGGUGAUGUGUUCAGACCCUCUAGUCACCCUCUUAUCUUCUCCUCCCUGAUUGGCUCUGGUUGCCAGAUCUUCUCUGUGUCCUUCAUUGUUAUCAUUGUGGCCAUGAUUGAGGAUUUGUACACUGAGAGAGGGUCGAUGCUGAGCACGGCCAUAUUUGUGUAUGCAGCCACUUCCCCAGUAAAUGGUUACUUUGGGGGAAGCCUGUAUGCAAAACAAGGGGGGAGGAGAUGGAUAAAGCAGAUGUUUAUUGGUGCAUUCCUGAUCCCAGCUAUGGUUUGUGGCACGGCUUUCUUCAUCAACUUCAUUGCUAUCUAUUACCACGCCUCCAGAGCCAUCCCAUUUGGCACCAUGGUUGCAGUGUGCUGCAUCUGCUUCUUCGUCAUCCUUCCUCUAAACCUGGUGGGGACGAUCCUGGGUCGGAACCUCUCGGGACAGCCCAACUUUCCCUGCAGGGUCAACGCCGUGCCCAGGCCCAUCCCAGAGAAGAAAUGGUUCAUGGAACCUGCGGUCAUCGUGUGCCUGGGUGGCAUCCUGCCGUUUGGGUCUAUAUUUAUUGAGAUGUACUUUAUUUUCACGUCAUUCUGGGCCUAUAAGAUUUAUUAUGUGUACGGAUUCAUGAUGCUCGUGUUGGUGAUCUUGUGCAUUGUGACCGUGUGCGUGACCAUCGUCUGUACCUACUUCCUCCUCAAUGCUGAAGACUACAGAUGGCAGUGGACAAGCUUUCUUUCUGCCGCUUCCACGGCAGUUUAUGUUUACAUGUAUUCCUUUUACUACUAUUUCUUCAAAACAAAGAUGUAUGGUUUGUUUCAGACAUCGUUCUAUUUCGGCUACAUGGCGGUGUUCAGUACUGCUCUGGGUAUAAUGUGUGGAGCCGUUGGUUACAUGGGAACAAGUGCCUUUGUGAGAAAGAUCUACACAAACGUGAAGAUUGACUAGCGACUCUGCAGCACCUGUGCUGACGGCUGACGUUUCCCAGCAGAGGCGGACACGAGUCUUUGUCCCUUUUUUUUGUUUUUUUUUUGCAAGAAGAGAUUGUGAUCUUAUCUUGUAUAAAUCUAGUUUUCCAUUUUCUCAACAAGUUCAAAGUUGCAAGAUUGUGUACACACAGGCGUAUAAUGGAAGAUUAAAUAAACGUGAGUUUUAUUUUUUUUUUAAUUAACUGUGUUUUCAUUUCUUUUCUCUGGAGCAAAUGCGUAGAUUUAAACUUUUUUUUUUUUUUUUUGCAUAUUAAAAACUUUGGUUCUCCUCCGAUAAUUCUGUCCCACCCAGCAUGAGUGACUGUAGACCUUUAUCGAUGGAGUAGUCUAGCUCUCUUCAGUGAAGAGGCCGAAGUGUAUGGAGAGCCUUUGUUCUGUUGUAGGAGAAUAUUGGAGGGUUGCGAUUGUGUUCAUGCUCCUACUGUCAGUUUUUGUAUUGUCGAGUUAAGCGAUGUCGUUGGUUGGUUGGUUGGUUGUUUGUUUGUUUGUUUGUUUGUUUGUUUUGAACACUUUUUGUUUCCGAUCACCCUGAGCGUAGUGUAACGUUGCAAUCCCAUGAUGACAAAAAAUGUUGGUUACUAGCUUUUCUGCCACCAGACUUGACCACCAUUUUUCACUCUACACUACAUAGUUCAGAUUAUGUUACAGGAUACAAAUGAGGCAUAAAUCAUAGCGUUCCUGAUCCAGGUCUUGGGUUAUAAUGUAUGGUCCGGUCAUCUGCGACAAGUGCGGAUGUUUUAAAUGGGUUGUUUCAAAGUGGUCUUGUGUUUUCCAGUUUAGUCUUACUUUUAAUGUCGGAAUUUUAAAUGAAGUCUGAGUGUGAAGAUAAUAAAUGGAUGGGGGUAAACCUGUAUAUAACCUUUUAAUAAUGUAACUGUAGAAGUAGACUCCAAAAUGUAUUUUGGUUGUACAGAUUUAUUACAGGGUGUUUUUUGUUGGUUUUUUUGUUUUGUUUUUUAAAAAAAAAAACCCAAAAAAGAUGUUCAGUUGAAUGAUUUUGUCUUUUCUCCUUUUUAUUUUGUGAGCUUGGGGUGGGUGGCACGGUUACAUCUUGCCUGUUAGUGCAUGACCUUUUCAUCUUGCUGUAUGAACCAGUUCAGUUUGUAUUUUUUUUCUUUUCUUUCUUUGCUCUGUGACUCCUGACACAUGCUCAAAUUAAGUUUCGUGUAACCAGACAAAAAAAAAAUAUCUGGAGUGCUUACAUUGAAUUUCUGCUGCUUGUAGAGGAAGUAUUGACCAUCAUAUACAUUAUUGUUUUUAAUAUUUAUGAUUUAAAGCUUUAAACAGCUCUCUGUGUGCUGAACAGCCACCUCCCUCAUGCUAACUUCCCCAUCCAUUACCAGAAGCAGCAUUGUGAAUGUUGGACACAUGCAGAGUUUCUGCAAGCAUACUAUAAAAGGGUGACGUUAUUGUACUUUAUUUGAUGUUUUCCUAACUACAGGAAGUGCCCCAGGAGCACUCCGACAAAGCUCGUGUUUUUCGUUCUGCUGUAUACAGUAUGUAACUAAAGAUGUCCGAGAUGUGGCAAAGCCUUUUUUUCUAAUCCCCUCAAAUGCCAGCUGAUUCCUGGCCCCUCAUGUCAUGAACCUUGUGAUGUCUGAAAAGACAUUUUAAACAUGCUCUACUUGUUGUAAAAAGGAAAAAAAUAAACGAUGUUUAUGUACAGAG